UUAACUGAAGACGGAUAUACAUAUCUCUUUGGUCGGCUUACAUAGACGUCAGAACAGAAGUGAACAAAUGUAAAUAUUCGUGUUUACCCUUAACCACGACGAUUUACCAACGAUCUCUCUUCCCAUUUCCUUUUUUUUUCUUUUUUCUUUCUCUCUCUCUCUCUCUCUCUCUCUCUCUUUCUCUCUAUCUUUCUCUUCCUCUCUUUUUCUUUUUUUUUCCCUUUUUUCGAAGUUAACGAGUCAGUAGAAGUCAGUUCGACGUUACGUUCGAGUAGGGCACGUGGCAAACAAUGUAAACUUGAUAAAACCUAAAAAGAAGGACGAAGUAUACGAAGUAUGUUGUAUAUGAACGGUCAAAGGAUUAAACGAAACGAUUGAAAAUAGCAUGCGUUCAUUAAAGUUGGAUUUUUUGGAAAAAAAAAAAAAUAUAUAUAUAUAUAUACAUAUGCUUACUAAUAAAACUUAACAUUAAACGUAGCGAAAUACAAUUGUAUUAAAAAAAUGACGUAUAUCUAUGUGGGAAUGAUCAUUUGCUUGAUGCUUAUGCCAACGAGAAUACAAUCAAAAUUCGACGAUAUUCAAAAGGGAAGGAUUGGGAUCGAGUCGAAAUUGAGCAUUGAAAUAAUAGAGAAUUUCAAACGUAUGCUGGAUUAUAUAAGAAAUUCAAAGGAAUUCCAACCUUUUAUGAUUUCUUUACUUUUGUCCAAUACGAAAUCGAACGUGCUCGUGUCCCUCUUGCAUCACAUGUCGAUCGAUUUUAUUCAAGGCUAUCGAAUAAGUGCCAAUGAUUUUCUUUCAUUAUAUACGUGGAAGGAUGAAGGACGUAUCACUUGGAUCAUACCGAUCGAUGAUUUAAAUGAUCUCGAAGUCUUGAUAUAUUUAAAUGAGAAAUUAUGGAAACCCAAUGAUCAAUAUUUGAUAGUUUUCAUUGGUGAGGAAACGUCGGGGAAUACAUGGAAAAGAAUUUUCGAUGAGCUCUGGAUAAAAUUUAAUGUAUAUAAAAUUUUAAUUACAACGAUUACCGAUCAGUUUCGUUGUUUCUUAAAUUAUCAUCCAUUCGAUGUCACAAGAAAAGCUUUUGGGAAAGUACAUAAAUCAUGUUUCGAUGAUAUCGAAGAAUAUUCUACGAAGAGAAGAACAAACUCGAUAACUUCACUUCCAUCAGAUGAUAUAAGUUUCUUCGAAAAUUUCGAGAAUAUAAAUGGUUAUCCGAUAAAGGUUACCGUUUUUCCUUCGAUGAUGAUGUGUAUAGAGGUAGACGAGAACAAUGUCGUCCAUUAUACCAAAUUAGAUGCAAAUGUGAUGAAAAUGUUGGAGAGCAACUUGAACGCGAGUUUCGUCGUAAAUGUAUUGGAUAAGGAUUCCGAUAUUGAUCCUUUUCAAAAAUCCUUACAAGAUAUUAGCGAUCGCAGGAGCGAGAUCAUAUUUACAAGCCUUUUUGUUAAAGCUUACAAUGAUUCUUAUGUUUAUCAGUUUACAGCGGCCAUUGCCGAAGAUAAGCUUUGUUUUAUCGCACCGACUAAAGGUUAUUUACCAAAAUCAUAUAUGCCAUUUUUACCUUUCACGAAGGACCUGUGGAUGACCCUAGCAUGUUAUAACAUUUUCGUGACGAUAUUCUGGAUAAUCCUGAAAUAUUUGAGCUAUUCGUUUCGUAAUAACAAACCUAUUACAUGUUCUCUGGGGGAAACGUUCUCGAAUAUCCGUCGGGGUAAGCUUGCACGCGAUAAUAUCCUUUUGAAAAGAAAAAAGGAUAAUAUUAGUCGGAGGACAAAUAAAGAACCACCUGAGAUACAUUCAUACGUUAUUCGUUGCACAGAAUUGAUUAUAUUAUUUUGUUAUCCUUUCGAAAAGGCUUAUACCCCGGCACUCAGAAUAUUUCUUUGUAGUUCGUUAUUAUUUGGACUUGUAAUCGUUGGACUUUACAAUAAUUGGCUAAUGUGGACUCUUAGCAAACCAUUGAGAUAUCCAGAAAUAAAUACUAUCGAGGACGUUGCCGAUUCGAAUUAUACGAUAGUAACGAAAUAUUUAAAUUUGAAAGAGGACACGUUUAUCGGGAAGGAUCCAUUGGAAACGAAACUGCGGAAUAAAAUCAGUGUUCUUAAUUCGGAUAAACCAACGAAUUACUUCGUCGCCUUCGACAAAAGCGUUAUUGCUCUUGGUCGAUUUACAUCGACCAAGCUCGAGAAUUAUUCGAUUUAUUACGACGACGAUGGGAACAAAUUGGUCCACAUUGUCGAAGAGUGUCCAGUUACUUAUACGCUUUCAUACGUGAUCAGACUUAAUUCUCCUUAUACAGAAAAGAUCAAUACCUUGUUGCUAAGGAUUCAACAGUUUGGAUUUAUUAACUUUUGGUAUGAGGAAAUGACGUAUCCUUUCUUGGUCGAAGAUCAGAAAAUGAAAUUGGCAUUGAGCGAGAAAAAGAAGAAACUCACAUUGGAACAUUACUCGUUAGCGUUUCUUGGACUUUUCAUUGGACUAAUCGGAUGUUUUCUCGUAUUUCUCGGUGAGAUUCAUUAUGCGAAAUGCAGAAGGUGUUGAUUUAAAAUUUAUAGUUUUGUGUGCGCCUGUACGAACCAUAUUUAUUAUAUAUACAUACAUACAUGCAUACAUACAUACAUACAUACAUACAUACAUACAUAUAUAUAUAUAUAUAUAUAUAUAUAUAUAAAUUUCAAUUUUUAAAAGUUUUAUCCAUUGAAUCGAUCUAUGUACAUAAUUAUUAAUGAACGAUUAUAAUCUGUGUCAAGAGCUGUGAGUGAAACAGCUGUUGAGGGUGAUUAAAUCGAUUUCACUUUAUAUUUUAAAUUACAUAGAAACGGGGGCUUACAAUGACAAACGAUGAGAGAGACGUCUGUUGAUCAUAGCGAUUGUUGGUAUAUAAGUUAUAACAACGAUAAGUAUCAUUGUUACUAUUAGCUCGUAUUUUAAUCAUUAUGGACGCACAGUAGCACAUCUGCACGCACCAUUAACGCAGUACUUGCCACCUUUUCCACCAGGAAUACUGCCAACGUAUUUACAAGCGGCUUUGCAUUCAUCCUCCGUGCAACCUAAAAAGAUUCGUAUUCUCUGUUUAACUUCGUUAAAGGAAAAACAACAAGAAAAUUUAUUAUAACGAUUUUUCAUCGUAUAAAAUUUACUUCACUUGUUCAUUGUCUCUUUUAUUUUCUUUUUUUUUUCUCUCCCUCCUUUUUUUAUUUCUUUCUCUUUUCUUUUUUACAAACUUUACCACGACUUGCGCGUUCCUUUUUUUUUCUCUUUUUUUUUUUUUUCUUGCUUUACUGAAGAAAUUAAUUUGAUUUAAUCACAGACGAUAAACCGAAAAUGCACUGUUUAAUUCGCAUUAAUGUUCAUAAAUUAUUUAACGCUGGAUAAAUGUAUAAUGACACGUGUAAAAGUACAUUUUAUUCGGACAAAAUUUUUUUGUCUUUCUCUUCUUUUUUUCUUUCUUUCUUCUUUUUCGAUUCUUUUUCUUUUAGCGUUUAUACGGAAAAAAAGAGACGAGAAAAAUAAAUUCGGCUCGAAGCGUAAUAAUAUUUAGAAAAAUCGUUAUAACGAGGUGUAAGAUCAUUUCUUUACAGGUUUAUCAUAUUUCAUGGAUUUCUAUUGUAUAGAGACAGAAAGAGAAAGAGAAAGAAAAAGAGAGAGAGA